UUCACCUCACCAACCGGCGUAAACCCAGAAGGAGGUGUCAUCCUCUUUCAUCCUUGCCGGAACUGAGAGAAUAUCUCUCUCAAAACCCUAAUCUUGUUCUCGCUUUCUCUCUCUCCUUUUUUUCUUCUCCAAGUCUUCUGACGAUCCUUCUCAUUGGUUUGAAUCUCAAGUUCGUCAGAUUUGUUGCAGUCGCACAUUACACUUCGCUCUUCGAUUUAUCUUGUUAUUUGUGAGGAGUUCAUCAUGGUUUUCUGGGUGUUUGGCUAUGGUUCAUUGGUAUGGAACCCUGGGUUUGAUUAUGAUGAUAAAAUGAUAGGGUACAUCAAGAAUUACAGGCGUGUGUUUGAUCUAGCAUGCAUUGAUCAUAGAGGUACACCUGAGGACCCUGCAAGAACAUGCACACUUGAAUAUAAGGAAGGAGCUGUCUGUUGGGGCGCUGUGUAUUGUGUAAAAGGAGGUGAGGAGAAAGAAAGAUUAGCAAUGGCGUAUUUAGAGAACAGAGAAUGCGAAUAUGAUCAGAAGACCACUGUAGAGUUUUUCAAGGAAGGAGAGACUAGUGAGGCUACUUUAUCAGGAGUAAUUGUUUUCACAUCAACUCCAGACAAGGAAUCGAAUAAGUAUUACCUUGGGCCUGCACCAUUGGAGGAUAUGGCCAAACAAAUUGCGACUGCUACUGGCCCAUGUGGGAACAACAGAGACUACAUUUUCUUGCUGGAGAAAGCUAUGUUUGAUAUUGGUCAUGAAGAUGAUAUGGUGAUAGAAUUGGCGAAUGAAGUGAGAAAAGUACUUGGAAACACGGGUUUAGGAAUAAUACCAAAAGAGAGCAGCAGCAAUAGAUUAACAGGACCUUCUCAUAAACCCAAGUCACCUCAUAAAUUGCUUCAUCUUCCUGAAGCAAUCGCCAUGGACACUUGAACUUAAGAUUACAGGAGAGAAGACACAAGACGCAAGACCACAGACAGAUAUAAAACAUAACUUCAAUCACUUAACUCCCACUGAAUCGAAUCGGCUGGCCAAUAACACAUCAACAACCUCGUUUACUUCUCCUUUUCUUUAUUCUGUUAACCGAGCCUUUUCAAGUUCAUCAUCACAUGACAUCAUGGGCUCAUUACGUUACUUUUUUAUAGAGUUGGAUGAAUUGUGUGUUUCAAAGUAUAAAGUUUUAACGCUACUUUAAUGCAAACUUCCUUCAUAUUUA